AUGUUCCGUCGCUCCUCGUCUGUGAUGCGACGCGCUGUCAGCGCCUUCCUCAAAGAGCCUGGCCAGGCCAAGACCUUCCAGGAGACACUGGCGGUCUGCAAAGCCGAGAACAGGGACUUGGCUAGCAUGCUUAGCUCUGACUUUCUGCUAUUGCAAUCAAAGCUGUUCAAGUAUCGCAUAGCCCGCCUCGGGGAGGAGGUUCGGUAUGUGAUGAAGCACCCUCUCGGCUCCCUCCCUUCCGUGGACAUGGUGCCUGUCCACCUCGUCGCCCUACCUCUUGUCUUCUUCGCAGGUAUGUGUAUUGGCCGUGGUUCUAGCUGCCCUCUCGUGCAGCCCCCGACUGCGAAGAUGGAAGUGGCUGCGGCAGCCGCAGCUACCGCCGAUGCAGAUGCUGCAGCUCAAAAGGAACGGAAGUAA